AGAACGGCCACACGUCAUUAUUGUUCACUCGCUGUGUGGCUUCUAUGCUCAUGUAUUUCUAUGUUUUCCUCGCAAGCUAGCUGUGGCGGGCACAACAGCGGAGCGUUUUAUUUGUGUAUUCUAGUUUUGCACGAGCACAAAGCGACUGACAUUUAGCAACAUUUAUUAAAACCAAAUCGCACCUCCUUCUCUGCAGCGAGGGAUGUUUAUUUUUUAAAUGUUAAAACUUAUUCUGUUUAUCGGCUAGCUCGGCUAAAGGCGUUUUGUCGCGUGUUGGUGACGCCACACUUUGACAUUGGCAAAAAGGCGGACACAGUGCCAGCUGUAGUUAUGACUCUCCCCCAGUUUUCAAGAUCCCUUACUGGGCUCCUCGGAAAUGCUUCGUCCAUCAUUCAUCAGAGGACUUUUAGUGUAUCCGCUGUGGCAGCAGCCAUUCAGAAAAUGACAAGAGUGCGUGUUGUGGAUAACACCUCUCUUGGAAAUACACCGUAUCACCGGCCACCAAGAGUGAUCCAUGUCUACACCAAGAAUGGCGUUGGAAAAGUUGGUGACAGAGUGUUGCUUGCCAUCAAAGGACAGAAGAAGAAGGCACUAAUCGUUGGACACAAAAUGCCUGGAGAACGCAUGAAUCCACGCUUUGAUUCGAACAAUGUCGUUCUGAUUGAGGACAAUGGGAACCCAACAGGAACCAGGAUUAAGGUCCCAAUACCCACACAUUUACGUAAAAUGGAAGGAGACUACUCUAAAGUGUUAGCAAUUGCUAGUACCUUUGUUUAAUUACAGUAUCAUGCAAAUCAUUUCUUCACUUGUUGAUCUUGAUCAUUUAUCAUUGUAAUGUCCUGUGAUUUUUCUUUUUGAGAUAUACAAACUAUAUUUCACAUCUGCUGGUGGUUUAUGUUCUUGUCAAUAAACCAUCAAGGAACAUACUGUA